CUUGUUUUCGUCAUGUGCUAUAAAACCAGUGUGUGGACCUCUGCACACUGUACAUGAACUCCCAAGAAAGCUUUUCUCCAUUUUUCUGAAUUUUUGUUGUCAUUAGUUAGUUUGAGAGAAAGAAAGAAACAACAAAACUCAUAAUUGAUUGAUCGGGUCGGUGAGGAAUGGAGGAUAUGAUCGGUCUUCUGAGGAUUCGAGUCGGCAGAGGAAUCAAUCUUGUUGUUCGCGAUUCAGUUUCCAGUGAUCCCUUUCUCGUCAUCACCAAGGGAGAACAGAAAGUAAAGACUAGCGUUAUAAAGAACAAUUGUAAUCCGGAAUGGAAUGAGGAGUUAACUCUUUCAAUUAAAGAUCCAAAUGUUCCAAUCAUCCUAAGUGUGCAUGAUAAAGACACGUUCACCAACGAUGACAAAAUGGGUGAGGCAGAAAUAGAUAUUCAACCAUACAUAGAGUGUAUGAAGAUGGGCUUUCAGAACCUCCCCAACGGUACUAAAGUUGGUGAAGGAGUUCAGCCAAACAGCAAAAAUUGCCUAGCCGAAGAGAGCUGCUUUGUCUGGAACAAUGGUAAAAUUUGCCAAGACAUGCGUCUUAAAUUGAGGAACGUAGAAUGUGGGGAGGUAGAAGUCCAGAUUGAGUGUAUUGAUCUUCACGGUCAUAAAAGUUCCCGGAGUUGAGGUAUGCUUUGUAUCGGCUUGUAGUAUGUUGUGAUAUAUGGGUUGGUAUUAGACUAACCAUAUAUGUAAUCUUUUAUGUCGGUACUCUAUAGUAAUUAUCUUACAAUGAAUCCACCAAUCAAAUGUAUCAGUCUGUUUGUGAGAACAAGAUUGAUGUUUUGCAUUGGCAGUGCUUCCAUUUCCAUGUCAUGUGACCUAACAAUUGGCUUGAAUUUUGUAGUUCUGUAUUGUAAUAAUAAGAAAUUCCUUGCCUACA